AUGGUCAUCUUCUAUGAGAAGAUGCCAUCAGACUUAUCGAAGCGGAUUGUGAACAAGGUCAACAAGAUGCCAUCAGACUUAUCGAAGCGAAUUGUGAACAAGGUCGACGGUGUCCCAACGAGAGCUCUGAUGACCAAGGUGCCCCCCAAGCCCACCAACCACUCUCGCUACACCAGCCGAUGUCGAAGGCCAAGGUGCACUGGUUGCCAUAGCCAUCCGGUCCAGAAGGCCCGACUCAAGACUAAAGGGAAGAACAAAGACCGUGAUCAAAAGCUUGUGUCGUCCACAUUGACAGGGCCGGUAAGUGGACUCUUGGAUCUCUUGACUGAUCAUGAUUGGGAUAGUUAUGACGACGAUGCCAAUGAUGACGAUGAGAGUUGCCGCAAUGAAUGUGAAGAAAUGGUAGGCUUGGAAACGGGCACGACGAGUGGCGAAAUAGCGGUGUAUGGAAAUGAUGAUGACGCAAUGGGAUUCUCCUUGGUGAGGUUUGUGUGGGAGUUGGAAGAUGGGGGAAAUUGGUGUGUUGUGGGAGAAGAUCUGUAA